GCCAUCUCCGUCCCCAUCCCGACCCCUAAUUUACAUCUAAACCUACAGCCAAUACACAUCCACCAUUCUAUGUUCUGUACUCCUAUAAUUUGUCUACCUUGUCUAUACCUAGCACAUAUGCCUUAUCUUGGUCUACGUCGGUUCCCUGCCCGAUCUUACUCUACAUGUUACCAUUCUCCGUAGCCUAAACAAGCUCUUCAACAACUCAAAACUACAUCGAAAUUUCGACUAUGUAGGCUACCUCUACGAGUAGUCGAAACCUAAAUUUCCACGGAAUCUGUGGCUGUAAAUGAAGAACUAGAGUUUGAAGCUCUCAAGCCGCUUGGCCAGCCAGAACCAUAAAAGUUUGACCGGGCUUAACCAUCACAUUAGUUCUGUUAUAAAUUUGACGAUAUAUAGCCGAGAUCGAUGGCAAACCCCCUUACGAUUUGGUUAUCACUUAUACUUAGAUAUCCUCACUCUAUAUCGUACAUAUAUUUAUCUAGACCUGGUCUGUCGCAUCACGAUCUUGUCCCCUCUAUCCCUCGCUCUUAUAUUGCUUUUAUUACCACUACACAUACCUGCCACUAAACAAUACCGUCACGAUGUCGAGACGUGGCCCCUGGACUAAUCGCGAAGAUGAGACGUUGAAGGAGAUCGUCGAACAGCAAGGUGCCUUGAACUGGGUCAAAAUUGCACAGCGCGUUCAAACAAGGUCGCCAAAGCAGUGUAGGGAGCGCUAUCAUCAGAACCUAAAGCCUGGUCUCAAUCACAGCCCUAUCACACCUGAAGAGGGGAUUUUAAUAGAGGAUUUGGUCCGCUCCAAGGGGAAACGUUGGGCUGAGAUUGCCAGAGCUCUUAACAACCGAAGCGACAAUGCGGUCAAGAAUUGGUGGAACGGCAGUAUGAACCGCCGACAGCGUCUAAUGCGUAGAGCAGCUGAAAACCACUACGCCAGGGUUCAUAGCCAAAAUACUCACGACGAGUUUACACCGGAACUAUCGCAGGCUCCAGCAUCAUACCACUGCCAUGACCCACGUCACUUCCACUCACGCUCAGGCUACUCAAGCUGCUCACUCUACGGGCACCACGAACAUCAUGAACAUCAUGAACAUCAUGAACAUCAUGAACAUCAUGAACAUCAUGAACAUCAUGAACAUCAUGAACACCACAGACAUCACAGGCACCAUGACUAUGAACAGAAUGUACUUAUCAAUGAGGCCACUAGCCUAUCGCGCCCAGCCUCUACUUCUCCCUAUCCUCCUGCUUAUCGUUCUGUCGAACCUUCUAUAUACGGUUCAACCUCACCAUAUAAUUACCGAAGUCGUCGUGCUAGUUCGUGGGAAAACUACUCAGAGUUCUCGGGGCUCCCAUCGCCUUCUGCUUCUUCGACAUCCCCUAUUGAGCUUCUAGAGUCACCUACUCCUUUUCCUUGGAAGCCGGAUUAUAGCUUGCCGUACCGCGAUAUACACGCUUCUAGCCACUCCCGAGACCCUCUCCACGUACUACCUCCAUUACGGGUUAGGGGUUCGUCCUCACCGUCGCAUGAGAUUCAAGCACUGAAUCCCAGUCACGGUUCACAGCCAGCAAGGGAGGUUGUUCGUCUAAACCGGGUACAGCUACCGCAUAUUGAUGAAUACUUCCCGGGAAGCUAUGACUUACAUCGUCGACCGCGCACGGCACCUGAUACACCGCCACGUCAUCCGGCGCGACGCCCGGAACAACGUAAUUCGGGAUCGGGAUCUCCAUCCUCACAGCGCGUAUCACCAUACCUACAGUGCCGAUCUCCACACCUACAGCGUCGAUCCCCGUCAUCACGGUUCGGAGACAAGCAUUGCGCUGUGGACCCUAGGAUGGAUUUAAAAUUCCUGACUCAUUAAGUAUACAAGGAUCUAUCAAAGGGUCGUUGGAUUCAUGAACUACGAAACAAAAUCUCCCAAAGGGGACUCCCAAAGGGAGUCAUCAAGAGGUCGUUGCACUGGAAAACAAGAGAAAUAACCUACUUGGUGUCUAUUUCGUGUUGAUAUUUGAGGAUAUAUAUUUGCUGAUGCAAAUUGACGAAGACCUCCCGUCACCGAGAUAGCUGGGAUGUCUGUAGUUAGGAAGCGAUGGGAUUCAAAUAUGUUUUCUUGUAUAUUGUAAUUUAUCACGAAAACUGAGUAUCUACCCGAUAGAUAGAGUAGGGAUUGCUGGGGACUACUUGGAAUGUGUUGGCGCUCAAUGUAUGAGCCUGACAUACGGAUUAAGAAAACGGAAAACGCUUCAUGUUUUCUCUCAAUUCAAAUCCUUUGAUAAAUCUAGCCUAGCACUACUACGAGAUGAAUUAAUACAACUUAGAGUUGUG